AUGUCGGGGAGUCCUAUAAGCUAUGUCCUCUUGACUGGGGCAACGGGAUUCAUUGGCGCUCACGUCCUCGAUGGUCUCCUACACAGAGGCCUGAAGGUCAGGAUAGCAGUACGCAGUCUUCACAAAGCCAGGGCAUUAAAGAGUGCCAGGCCCGAGCAUGCGCAUAUGCUUGAUGUGAUCCAGGUUGACGACUACUCUACUGCUACCUCGUUCACAGAAGCAGUCAAGGACGUGGAAGGUAUUGUCCAUGUAGCUAGCCCCUUGAGCUACGACAUCAAGGAUAACGAGGAAGAUAUGAUUCUACCCGCCAUCAACGGCACCAAAUCCAUUCUCCAAGCAGCAUUGAGGAGCCCGCUCAUUCAGAGAGUGGUCAUCACAUCCUCGUUUGCAGCUGUAAUCGACAUCGACAGGAAAGGCCCGCCAUACUUUACAUAUACAUCCACAGAUUGGAAUCCACUGACUUACGAUCAAGCGGCCGAUAACAACAGCAGCGCGGUCGUAGCAUACCGAGGGAGUAAGAAGUUUGCGGAAUUGGCAGCGUGGGAAUUCAUGGAGCAAGAAAAGCCACGAUUUGAUCUUGUUACCUUAUGUCCUCCCAUGGUUUUCGGACCAUUUGUCCAUCCAGUAGAGAGGCUUGAGGACCUGAGUGAUUCGAUAUCGAAGCUAUGGGAGAUCGUGGACGGGGGUGAGCUCCCUGUCGCUCGGGUUCCUUUCUGGGUCGAUGUGAGGGACCUAGCUCAUGCACAUGUAGAAGCACUGCUGAGAUCUCAACUGCGAAGUAAGCGGUAUACGAUUGCCUCACCAGACCGCUUUUCCUAUCAAAAAGCGUCGAGCAUUAUACUCGAUAGCUUUGAUUGGGCAAAGAACCGAGUUCUCACGCAAACAUUGCAUCAAGAUAUCGACGAGUCUUAUGGACUUGACGGCGAAGAAGCGGCAGACGAACUCGGGUUGAGUUAUCACUCUUUUCAGCAAUCUGUCGUGGAUUUGGUUGCACAGGCAGUGCAAAUGGAGAGCGACCUGAGGGCGAAAUCUACCUCGAGCCAGUCAUGGGGCUGCAGAGCACAGAGUCCAAGCAAAUGCCUGCCGUCUAUAAAUGGCCAAUCGUAG